AUGAAGUAUCUCAAUGAUGCAGAUAUUCUGUGUGAAAAAGCAGAGAAGUCAUCAACGUCGAUAUUUUUAAGGCAUACAUCAGAUGAUACAUUGAAUGAAACCAUAUCAAAUUAUUACUUUGCUAAUACUUCUAAAGGUCAUCACCACUUUUUAAGAACAUUACCAAAUAUAUUUAAAAAAGCUUUGAAUAUAAACAAGCACAAAACAAAUAUCCUAGAAGAAGAAAGUGAAAUAAAUGAACAAGAUGAACAUAAUAAAGUAGUUGAUCAAAAACAAAGAAGAAACUAUUUAUUACAUGGCAAAGAGAAUUUUGAAAGAACCAAUAAUUCAUAUCCUCAUUCACAAACUACAUCAACGGUACAAGAAAUAUUAGAAAAUGAUGAACUGUCACCAGUAUGUACUUUAAACGAAUCAAAUGAGUUUAUGGAUUCUCAAACAGAUAUUACGUUAAUGAAAGAUAAUAAAAUUAGUAGUAAUACAAAUAAAGAUUACUUGGUUUCAUCAAAUGUUGUACAGAAUAGUGAUAAACAUUUAAGUCAACUUACUAAUAAUGAUCAUAUUAAUGAUACUAAUACUAAAAUAUCCAUAAAGUCUGUUCAUAAUACAAAUAAUAAUGUACAUAAUGUAUAUAAUGAAUUAGCUAUUAAUAGAAAAGAAUCUGAUGAACAAAUAUGGAUACUUCAACCAGGUUAUAUAUGGUGUCAAAAUGAAAAUCAAGCGAAGUUAUCUACUAAGAAAAGAAAAUAUUCUGCAACAAAGUCUCCGCCAAAAGAAAAAUCCCGAAAGAUGAAAAUAAAACAGGUAUUUUCUCGUGAUAAAGCAUCGAACAAAAUCUCAAAGGCAUUAUCAUUAAAACCCAGUCGACAAACUCAUAAUUUUACCUUCUUCUUUUCUUUUCAAAUUCAAAUGGAUUCAAUACAUUAG